GAGGAGGUAAAUUUAAACCUGCGCGUCGCUCCCAGACUGCAAAUGGAGCUGAGCCCCCAAAAGCUGUUUCAGAGAGUUGCAGGAAAAUUCAGCUGGGACAAACCUGGUGUUCUGGACCGAGCUGGAGAAGAGUUGAGAAAGAGCUUGAAAAGCAGGCGUCCCGCUGUGGCUACUCCCUCUGCUCUCGGGGGAGACCCUCUGCGCAAGCCGCUCCUCUCUGACAGCAACAGCGAAAGCUCUGACAAGGAGAAUCAGCAUGGAAAGGGAAAUACACAUUUAAAUCUGGACUCCAGUGAUGAUGAGUUUGAUCAAAUUCUGGCACGGAAGGCUACACCCAGACCUGCUUGCAAAUCAGUCUCAUCUGCUAGGGAAGCAAAAGAGCCUAUUCUUGUUUCCUCUUCAGACAAUGACGAUACUUUUGAAAACUUUCUGAGUCGUGUAAAAACACCCAAGGCUAAGCUCAGCCUGCAGUCUGGGAGUGGAAGUGAUGACGGCCUUAAACAUUUCAUAGUGGAUGACUCGUCCGAUGAUGACUUUGUUGUGGAGAAGAAGAAGCCGUCCAUUUCUAAAGGAAAACUGAAGACGCCCAAAACCCCUAAGUCUCUGCAAAGGCUGGAGAAGCAGCCUGUUUCUCAGUACAACUCCCCAGUCUUUCUCAGCGAGAGUGAUGACGACAGUGACAUAGUAAUCAAAAGCACCUGGAAGACGCGGCACAGCCGGCCUGCAAGCCAGUCCACAAGCAGACCGUCUUCUGAGGAGAGAGACAUUUCACAUAAAGAACCCAGGAGCACCUCGUACGUUCCUUCUCCUCUUGCUUCUGUCCCCACACCCGUGCCUUCCUCAGCCCCGCCCAUGCACACUGGGUGGCGGGACAACUCGGCCAGCUCUGAGGAUGAGUUUCAAUCCUUACUGGACCGCAUCAGGAAGACCCAGAAGUUAGGAAGCAGUAGCACUCAUGCUUCUCCUAAGCCUCCAACAGAGCCUAAAGCCGCAACAGCCUGUGUGACCCCAUCUGUGAGAGGUCCAAAAGAGAGUGAUCGGGCACCAGUGAAAGGAUCCCAGGUGGACAGGACUCCAGCACAGCUCCCUGUUAGCAGACCUGUGAGCCAGACUGAGGCCAGGGCAGGCCUCAGCAGCAGAGUGGCUGUGUGUAAAACUCCAGGCUGUUUCCUGCAGUCUCUGUCCGUCCCCGACUCAGCGUACUGCCGCAGCUUCAAGCAGAACAAAGAGGAGCUCACCAAGAAGCUCUACCAACUGUAUAACACCAGUGUGUUUGAGAGCAAGCUGCCCACUGACAUGUCAGUCACCUGGAAUACUAAAAUGAGGAAGACUGCAGGAUAUUGUGUCACAGGGCAGGAGCGCGUCACAGGCAAACGAUACGCCCGCAUUGAACUGUCAGUUAAAGUCUGCGACUCUGCAGAUCGGUUAAGGGAUACGCUCGUUCAUGAAAUGUGCCACGCGGCCACGUGGCUGAUAAACAACGUGCGGGAUGGCCACGGACCCUUCUGGAAGAUCUAUGCCCGUAAAGCCACACUGGCUCACCCUGAGCUGCCCAUGGUCACCCGCUGCCACAGCUAUGACAUCAACUACAAGUACCAGUAUCAGUGUAACCGCUGCAAGAACACGAUUGGCCGUCACUCUAAAUCACUGGACACCCAGAAGUAUGUGUGCGCCCUGUGCACUGGGCAGCUGGUUCUGCUCACUCCUUCUAAGUCACGGGGCCCCACGCCCUUCGCCACCUACGUGAAGGAGAACUACGGGACAGUUCGGCAGGAGUUGACCGGCCAGAGUCACGCCGAGGUGAUGCGCAAGCUCAGCGCCGACUUUGCUAGCAAGACACGCCUCAGCCAGAGCUGAUCUUGGAUCAACCUCACGUAUCUCCAGCUGUCCUACGAGUGAAAUCUAUCAAAUUUAUAAGCAAGAGUGCUGCUGUACAGUGUGAUUUUUGCUUCUCCUAUUCUGAAUGCAACUGCGCUAA